AUGAAAGUGAUGUUGGGCGAUAUCCGUGGUUUGCUACAAUAUUUCAUGACAAACCAAAAAAUGAGCCAAGAAUUGUUUGCGGUGGUACAAUUAUUUUCCGAUAAUGUAAUAAUCACGUCUGCACAUUGUCUUUAUGAUGAAGCUAAAGCAGCGAAAUUUAAUGCAUCUUAUGUUAAGGUAGCAGUUGGUACAGGCCUUUACAAAUGGAACGAUUCAUUAUAUAAUACACCAUAUGCUCAAUAUUACGAAGUCAAACAGAUAAAUGUAUUUCCUUUAUACCGUGGUAUUGUAACAAAUUUCAGAGACGACAUAGGUGCGAUUAUAUUAAAAGAUAAAAUUAAAUUUAAUCGAUAUAUUUCACCGGCUUGCCUUGAUCUUAAUAAUGAUAAUAGGCCUACAGAAUUACCAAAAGGAACUAAUUAUACGCUUACAGGAUAUAAAGAUUUUGAAUUUAAAAAACUUGAACCGGUAAUAAUUCCCUUACUACCAGCUUUGGAAUGCAUCGAUGAGAGUGACGACCAAUUUAAACAAUACAUCACAGUAAAUAACAUAUGUGUUGGAAAUCCAAACGCGGAACCAUAUAGUGCAUUUUAUGGUUAUGGAGGGUCAGGUGUAAUGAAACCAUAUGCGGAACCAAAAACUUUAAUCGGAAUUGUAUCUAUAAGUUUAACUACUCAGGGAAUAAUUCUGCUCACAGAUAUUUCGAAUUAUAUUCACUGGAUUAAAGAUGUCUUGAGCACAGCUAAUGAAGUGGAACAACCAAUAUUUUGUGGCAGAAUUUCAUCAUCGUCUAACAUCAAUCAAAUGUGUACUAUACCACCACCCCUCGAAAAUGGCCAAUAUGUAAUUGGAGGCUUUGAUGGCAUUCCGAAUCCCGGUACAAAAGUUCCAGAGUGGUCAGUAAUUAAAUUUAAUUGCAACGAAGGAUUUGGAUUAAUUGGAGACGAUACCGGCAUUUGUACUAAUGGCCAAUGGUCUACAACAGCAAAAUGUUUAAAUCAAGUAUUUGCUGAAUAG